AAAUGUUGGGUUAGAUUUUAAACUCUCACAAUCUUAAAACGACUGCAACUUGCGUUCAAGUCACAUUCGUCACAGCUGCUUUAAUAAAUGAGUACAGUUGUGAUUAUGUACAUUUUCUAUUUGUGAAAACGUUUUUGAUGAGGACAGGCACCACCCUUGUCUAGAAUUCAGUUGUGCUUUAAUAUAUGUGUAUGUAGGGUUGUUAAAUAAAUUCAAAUAUAUAAUUUCAUGUCAUCACACUGGCGAUGAGUUAGCUCCCAAUUCAUAGCAAGUUAAUUGCACAUUUUGUGUCUGUUCUAAAUGUAACUUUAUGGAAGAUGUUCUCAACAUUAGAGUAGCCAACAAUGCUUUCUUCAUGCAAGCAUUUGUUUACUGCAACAACCCAACAUAACAGAUGCAAAUUCUUUAGAAUAACCUCAGACACACUGAGGUUAAAAUGGUCAUUGUAAGCAUUAAUUGUUACUUUUGUGUUGAUUUAAGUUACAUGUAGAACAGAUGCAAAAUGUGUAAAUUUGUGAUUAAUUGAACUCUAUUGACAGUCCUUUUUUUAUAUUUCAUUUAAGUUACAGACAAGUCCGUUUUGUGUCGGUUGGGGGCGCUCCAACACUUUGUUUUAUUAAUUUAUUUAUACUUGCGCAUUACACUUUUUUUUCUAAACAUCGCUAACGUUGGACCACAAUCAUUCUUUCUAUAAUGUGUUCACCUUCUGCACUAUCAGUCAUGAAUGUUUCCAUCUCCGCUGAGGAGAAGCAGGAGGAGUGACGCUAUGUUUCACGUGUUGCUAUGGUGUACCGUGCGGUCCAUUGAGAGCUUUUCAUGUCCUUAAGCACGAGCUGUUUGGACAGACUUUGUCUGACGUUUGAUUGAAGUAACAUCCGUUAUGUUGCAGCUCAGCGUUGGACAGUCUGCGCCUACAUAUAUAAUUUCACCUGCAUUAUGUUCUUUGGAAAAUGUCAUAGAAAAAAGUGUAAGCACAAAAUGAUUGUCAUCAAGCAACAAAACAAUGAAGAUCUGUCUGACAAAAUCGACAGAACUUUUAUUUUUUAAGGAUAGCGUUGAUAAGAGAGUGGUGUUUUUUUGUAUCCGUUAUUGCAGCGUAUUUGCAACUUUAUUUGACGCAGUAAUGACGUCAGAUGCAGGGAGGGCGGGCGAAGGAAGGAUUUCCGGUGUUUUCGGCGGAUGGAUACACUUUGGCAGCAGCUGCGCGUCUUCCUGAAUUGACUUUCCUAUUAGCGGCGGAGUGAUUUUAGCUCACAGCUCCUGGCUGAAUUCAGUCCUCCGUCAAUGUGAUUGUGCAGCAAGGGGAAACAUGGCGACUCCACAGCAUGCGGGACACCAAAACCAGCUCGACCUCCUCAUCAAAGCAGUGGAGGCUUCAGUGCGAGGCACUGCCCUCCACUGCUCCGAUAAGACCAUCGAGGCUGCGGAAGCUCUGCUCCACAUGGACUCUCCUUCCAGCAUCAGAGGGGACAACAGUCCAGACUCUUUCACUCAGACAUGCAUGGCUGCUCCAGAAUUCCUCCAUGCCGCCAUGAGGCCUGACAUGGUCACAGAGACUGAAGUGGAGAUCUCCGCAGACUGCUGCGAAGAUGAAGAUCUUGAUAAUGAUGAUUAUGAGGAGGAGGAGGAGGAAGAUGAGGAGGAAGAAAUGGUCGGCAUGACAGACAAGCCAGAACCAGAGCCUAGAAGAAAAAAGAGAGCCGGAAGAAAGCCCAAACCCCCUCAGGCAACGUUUUCCAAUGCCACAGACCUUGGCAUCAAGAAGAAACCAAAAGAAGGGAAAGCAGGCAGCACAACCUACCUGUGGGAGUUCUUACUGGACCUGCUGCAGGACAAGAACACGUGUCCAAAGUACAUCAAGUGGACUCAAAGAGAAAAGGGCAUUUUCAAACUGGUGGACUCCAAGGCCGUGUCCAAGCUGUGGGGCAAACACAAAAACAAGCCGGAUAUGAACUACGAGACCAUGGGAAGAGCACUACGGUACUACUACCAGCGGGGCAUUCUGGCUAAGGUGGAGGGUCAGCGACUGGUCUAUCAGUUCAAAGCCAUGCCAAAAAACCUCAUCAUCAUCGAUGACGACAAUGCAGCGGACGAUCUGAUUGGCUCAGAUAUACCAGCGUCCUAUGAUCGUGUUUCUUCCCCGGACAUCCUGUUGCAGGCGAACGACCACUCCUCCAAGAAACCCAACAUCCUCCGCAGAGCCAACUCCAAUAACAUGGCCCAGGUGCCUGUUGUGAUGGACAGUAAGUUGCUGUCAGUUGGUGGUGGGGUGACUACAGUAACAGCGGGGGUCCCAAGAGUCGUCACUGUGUCUGCCGCGACAGAAAGAGCUCCGCAGACUCAAGCAACCGUAGUACCCAACAGCACGGCGCCCAGGACGGUGCGGGUCGCUAUGCAAGUCCCUGUUGUCAUGACGACAUCAAUGGGUCAAGAGAUCUCCACUGUUGCCGUUCAGCAACCGACAACAACAACGGGAGCAGCCAGGCACACGACUUUUGUCACCAGCAGCGCCCCUGAUGGUGGAGGCUCCAACAACCAAUCCAAGGUUGUGUUCCAAACCCUCCCCACAGUGGUUCCUGCCACAGCCAAGAAUGGGGAGAAGAUCACAGUUCAGCUGGCAAAGAUUAUCUCCAUCCCAGCCCAUCAGCUAGCUCAGCUUCAGGCCGGUCCACCCAAGACCAGCGGCCUGUCUCAGUCCAGCAUCAGUCUCAUCGGAGGUCAAAUGGCGGUGCGUGCUCUCGCACCUGUCAGCAUGUCGCCAGGGUCACAGGUCAUGAGGCUGACUGUGCCACCUCAGAACCAACAACAGACUCUGGUCAUGGCACAGCCUGGUAGUGUUGGUGGCAAAGCGACUGUUGUCUCCGUGUCGGCCGCUAAUCAAACGUUGGUGGCGCCACCACAGGUCAUCAGUGGCAUCAUCAGUGGCUCUGAGGUUGUGUUGGGUCAGGAGAGGAGAGGAGUGGCUGCAGAAAAGCUGAAGACUGCAGGUGGCCAGGUUCAGGCUGUGACUGUCCCCAUGUCGAUUCCAGCCCAACAUGACCAGGGGAACCCCAAAGCCGUGGCAGUUGAUACUGAGGUAGUGAUAAAACUAGAAACACCUGAAAUAAUGAAGGGUGAGGACCCAGAAUGUUGAGUUUCAGACUCCUGUUGCAAGCUUGGCAGUGUCUUAGCAGCUUUUGCUGCACGGAACUUGAAUCUGGUCUGCUGUCCUCAGGCCCACCAGGGUGCGCCGCAAAUCACGAACAAAGGCUCACACUACAAGUAAGACCUAGAACUGACUACCAAACCACAGAUGGCCCCGGAAACUAGAGUUUCGAAUAGAUUAACACUACGGAUGAGGCAAAGAAGUUUAGCAAACUGUUUUCAAAAACCAGCAGAUUUUAUACUGUAUUCACUGUGCAAAUCCGUGUGUAUGUGUGUUGUAUGUAUGUGUGGGUGUGUGUGUAAUAUAUAUGUAUAUGAACUAUACAGUUUCAGUUCCCCCCCAUUAAACUGGUGUGUGCGUCUGUUUUACCAACACAGUAUUCUCUAUCUGUCAUUAUUCAUUUUUUAUGUUUUCUGUAUUUUAGGAGCUCUUCCAUUUUCAGGUCUCAUUUGAUGAGUACUGUAAACCAGACCACUGUGUGACCCAGACAGUUUUCGAUGGGCCGUCCCAUUACAUUUCGUUGUUACUAUUGUUUUCAAAUGAGAAAAGAUGGAAGUUUGUGUUCAGACUGAACUGUUUGUACAUUCAACAUUUGAAGUAUAUUCUAUUUUGCUGUACUCUUGUUUCAAAGUGUAUAAAGUAGAUUUUACUGGAAUAUAA